UAUCAAAUUUCAUACCUCGCCUUCCUACGGCCAACUGGCCGGGGCCCACACUAGUAUUUUAAGAUGAACAAUGAGCUUCCCCGUUUCUCUCCACCACCUGCUGAUCUCUUCUGACUUGGACAAGCCCAGCCGUCCGGUUUGGAAUGAUUUGGCAUCGCCGGCGAAAUUAUAAAGGUAAAACUAUGAAACAGUUUCCUGCACCGGUAAACUCUUUUCUCUUGGAAAACGGCAUCACCAUAUGCCGAAAAUUGACAACAUCUCCCGUCACAGAAUAACAAGCAAAUGCAGCAGAGGACUUUCGAAUGCUUCAAUUCAGAUCAAGCACUAUAAAAAGGAAUUAGCAUUGAUCGAUCACGAAAAAUAUAGCUAUAAUCAAUAAGAGAAUCAGAUUUGCUGAUUGCAAUGGUUUUCAACAAUGCAUUGGUAACGGCUGUAGCAUUGGCGACCACAAUGAUCAUUAUGGCACAUCCUUCGGUCCAGGUAACGGUUAACAUUACCAAUCACCUAACCGAAAAAAUAUUGAUUGUGCAUUGUCGAUCCAAAGACGACGACCUCGGAGCCCAUCCGGUAGCCGUUGGGGCAAGCUUCCACUGGAGCUUCGGGCUGGAAUUCUUUGGCGGGACACGUUUUUCGUGCAAGCUCGCAGUCGAAGAUAAGCGUAUUUCUUUCGUGGCGUACGAGCAAGGUGUCGACGCCGUGGGAGACUGGUUUGUUCUUGACGAUGGAGUUCACGGGAAUGGUAGCCCGUACUUUCUGAAGGCUGCAUGGAGGCGACCAGCGCAUGCAUUUAUAUCCUGAGAACUAGCUAGUAAUGGAAUGAUAUAAGAUGCAGUUUUUAGCUUACAUUUUGUAAUAGUGUUUUCCGGUGAGGAGAAACUUGUGUUUGAACACAAUGAUUUGCACCUUGACUUCUUGAAUAACGAUUAAUAACACGGUUCACUCUUCUCCGAACAAUGUUCGAACGAGGGUGUUUGAUGUUUUUGAUGAUUUUUGGGAACAAACUAAGUAACUCUACUCCUAUGGUGGUUCAGUGAUAGCUCCGAAAAACUAAAAGCUGAUUUGCAGAGAAAAGAUAAAUUUUGACAUUGUGCGUCAAAUGUUUGGUUGUGGAACCUUUGCUUCUUCUUAGUUUCUUCUAUUUUUAGCCACUAGGUGUAACUGCCUUGAUAACUGCUAGCUGGCCUCUUGCUCAAAACUGCUUCGGGGUCCUUGUCGUCGCCUUGGUGACUAGUUGGUAACCAUUGCGUUGGAGGCCCUUGUCCCGUCUUGGGGCUGGUGUGUACUUGAUGACCUCAAUGUCGGUUGUUGUUGAGCCUUGUCGCCUUGUCGUGACUGGAUGGGGUUGAGGUUCUUGCCUUAGCCUCCAUGAACAACGAUGAGGUCAUGAUCUCACCCUCGACUGCUUGAUGACUCCCCGCUCCUGAUACCGCUAUCACCUCAUGACACCAAUUCCUCAUUAACUUGUUGGUUGUUACCAAGCAGUCUCAUCGGCUUGAUACCUUCUGACAUUCCACCAAGCCCAUGUAAUCAACUCGACACCCCUUGCUACCAAGCCAGUCCUGGUGGCUUGGUAUCCAUACUUAGUUUUUAUAGCCUCGUCAAGUUGGUAAGUUGCACCCUGCCGGUUUGGUAAGUCCGUCUUGGCGGCUUGAUAUCCAGACUUAGUUUCUGUAUGGCUUUCUUAGUUGGUACCUGGCUUGGCCACCAAGUCAGUCUUGCCGGCUUGAUACCCCCUUGGGGUCAUGGUACCACGUCGCCUUGCUUGGCUGCCAAGCCUGUCUUGCUGGCUUGGUACCGAGGUUGCCUUGCCAACCUGGUACCCCUUAGCUCCAUACUCAGCGAAAUUCAUGGUUUUCAUGUCUUGGUACCAAGCCCUGCCUUGUCGGCUUGGUACCUUCUUGGCUCAAGACUUAGCCAAAUUUCUUAGUUUUUAUGGCAUCCCCCUUCUUUGGAACCAGGUUUGGUACCCGGUCGUUUGGCACCCCGUUGUGUCGCCUUGUUUCCAAGACUUAGUUUUUGGAUGGCCUCCAAUUUGGUGCUCGACAUGGUACCCGGCCGUUUGGCACCCCGUGGUGUCGCCUUGUUUCCAAGACUUUGGUACCCGGCUUGGUACCCGACCAUUUGGCACCCCGUUGUGUCGCCUUGUUUCCAAGACUUAGUUUUUGGAGGCCAAAUUUCCUACCAAGGGGUGAAGCGCAUCGUCCGGCUAUGGGGCCAAGGAGACGGGUUGGCCAUCAUGUAGGGAAGAAGGGGCUUGGCCACUUAAGGCCAAAAAUCCAACCCAACUAGGCCCAGCUGGCUCUUUUAGUUAUUAAUUUUGAGCUGACCUUAUAAAUUCAUUGAAUUUCU